GGCCCCGAAGUGCGGGCGGCGCGGCUGUGUUUUGUGUCGCUGCCUUCGGGCUUCGCUCCGCGGGGCCGGCUUGGGGCCUCCGGGACGGCCCGAGGAGCGGGCGGCCCCAUGGAAACCAGGCCCGGGUCGGCCUGAAUGUGGACGGGCGGCACCGCUGUGCGGAAGGGCCCUGCGGGUCUGGUGUGCAGAGCAGAGUGCUGCAGGAUGCCUUUCUUGCACGGCUUCCGCAGGAUCACUCUCGAGUACCAGCCCUUGGUGGAUGAGAUCUUGGCGUUGCUGGCGCUGCAGGAUGCAGAAAGGCAGAAUGCACUUGAAAGUCAUGCCUGCCUGGGCAGCAAUGGAAGCCAGCUCUCAGCAAUGAGACAAGUCUUGGAGAGGGAAGCCCACUCCCCAUUCUACCAGGAAGGUGUGAGCUAUACCUUGCUGAAGGUUACUGAGCUGGGGCUUGUCGAGGCUGCAGAAGUACUCCUGGAGUUUGGUGCAGACCUCAGCUUUGAAGACCCAGUCACCUACUACACCCCCCUGCACAUUGCAGUGCUUCGCAACCAGCCUGACAUGGUGGAGCUCCUGGCACGCCACGGGGCCGACAUCAACCGCAGAGACCGGAUCCAUGAGAGCAGUCCCCUUGAUCUGGCCAGUGAGGAGCCUGAGAGGCUGCCGUGCCUCCAGCGGCUGCUUCAGCUUGGGGCUGACGUCAAUGCAGCUGACAAAACUGGAAAGACAGCGUUGUUGCACGCCUUGUUGCACUGUCAUUGUAGCAGUGUUGUGGAUCUGGAUGACAUCACAGAGAGCAUCCGUCUGCUGUUGGAAGGAGGUGCAGAUGCCAGGGCUACCACUGAAAAUGGUGACACUGUCUUCACCUACAUCAUCUUCCUGCUGGGUGACAUAGACUUGGCAAGCACGGAGGUGGCAGAGAUGCAGAAUAGUUUCUGCAUUCGUGUCAUGCAGCUGCUCAUGGCCCAUGGUGCCAACCCCAGUGAGUGCCCAUCCCUCGAGUCCUUGACCUACCGCUGCCUCCAGAACUUCACGUGUCACUUCCCACUGCUGCGUUUCCUGCUGGAGUCAGGUGCUGCCUACAACUGCUCCCUCCACGGUCCUUCAUGCUGGUCAGGCUUUCAGACUGUCUUUGACUGCCUCUGCUCUGACGUCAGUAUCCUCAAAGAUAGCAGCAUCUCUACAGAGGUCAUCCAGAUGGGUCAGACUCUGCUGGAGCUCAUGAUGGCCAGUUCACAAACCAUCCAGCUGCCCAGCGACUUUGAGGUCGACGUUAACAGCUGCAGGUACCACGAGGAAAAGAUCAGGAGUCUGUUCUGCUCUGUGAAGCAGCUGGAGCACACCCCACAGGCACUGAAACAUCUCUGCAGGGUGUUCAUCCGGCAGCGCCUUAGGCCUUGGCCAAUAGAUGUAAAAAUCAAGGCUCUGCCUCUUCCGGACAGGCUGAAGUGGUACCUCCUCAUUGACCACACUGCUGUUGGGCACGAGGACCUCAGCCUGACUGAUGACUCCUCAUCUCCUCAUUCUGUGGUCACAGUGCCUACGGAGGGUCAGCACAUCACUGCUCUGCGCCUGUUGUCCCUGCAGUGAGAGGUACUGCUGUCCCUGUGCCAGUGGCUUUACUAGUUCUGCCUGUGGUGUCUCUGCUGAGUUUUCAGGGGUGUGCUUUUUUGUGCACAAUGCUGCAUGCGUGUCUGUGGAGGUCUCGUGGCUUUAAAAUACGUUGCAUGGAGGUGGGCAGAGCCCGGGGGUGAAGAGGGAUCCUGAGCAGUGAGAAGCUGGACACUGCAGGAUGAAUAUGGUUUAAAAGGUGGAUUCGCCUUUGCAAGGUGAAAGAAUGUGGAUCUGUAAGAAAAGGGGUGAGAGCAGGAGGAUGGUGUGACCAUACAGGUCUCUGCUCUGGCUGCAGGGUGGGAGAAGCAGUGCCAUGAAUGGCAGCACAAUGAGAUGCCUCAGGAUGCUGAGAGAUGCUGCUUCUCCCGGGAACUGAGCAGCACUGAGCAGGGGAGUGCUGGCAUUCAGGCCCUCCUGUUCAGUCAGUGGAAGCAGCCACAGUCCUGCAUCUCUGCCUGGAUGCGGGUGCCUUCUUCACUUACCUGGGAUUCCAAAACCAGGAAGUUGGAGGGGAUGAGGGGAAGUGGGGUUAGGAACAGCAGCCUGAGUGCACAGUAUUUGCCAAGAGUGCUGAAUCCACUCAGCACAGAGCACUGCCUACAAAGGGUGCCUCAGUAAUGCUGGACUCCAAGGCAAGCAGACAAGUGGCUGUUCUUGGCUUCAUGUUGUGUCCUUGUGCAAGGAUGUGGGAUGGGCAGCUGUCUCCUCAGUGCCUUGCUCCUCCCUGUUCCUUUUAUCUGCUUCUCUUUCCUUUGGUGAUUGCAUGCUGAAUAUUGAUCUCCAUUGCCUCUUUCCCAGGGGAAAGAAAUUGCAGCAGGGCUGCAAUGGGAGUUUUCUUGCCAAGCUGCUACUGGAAGCCUCAACUUUUGGGGCUCUGCAGGAAGGUCCCAACCUGUCACAACCAUCUGGCUGCAUCAAGGAGGCAUCUGCUUCCUUGUGAAGUGCAGAAGAUGCUGUAAAGCUGAGCCCCCCACAUUUCUGUUGUUGUUGUUUGUCACGGGGAACAGAUGCAGAAGAGGAAGAAAUGUACUCUGAGCAGAUAUUUAUAGCAAGUGGAUCUGGGAUCCACAAGCAGUUGGUUGCAGAAGAGCUGUCUCACCACAUUGCCCCUCCUGGCAGCAUCUGUUUUUCACCUUUUCCUGCUAAAUGGAACUGGAGCUGUGCAUCUUGAUGAAUUGAUGUUUUGAAAAAUAAUAAUAAUAAUAAUAAUAAUAAUAAUAAUGUGAUAAAAUACUUCCCUGCUGUCUGGAAUGGAAAAUGAGCAAUUAAACAAGGCCUUUUAAAUAGCA